UAAAACGCUGAUCUCAUGCCCUGCGCGGCCGGAGCCCUUGGCUCAGCACCGGGGCACAGCCCAGGCAGGCUCCGCAGCCCCAGCCAGCGGCCAGGCCGCCCCUCAGCCCCCAGCCAUGACGUCCUACCGGCAGGAGCUGGAGAAAUACCGGGACAUCGAUGAGGACAAGAUCCUGCGGGAGCUGUCAGCCGAGGAGCUGGAGCAGCUCGACACAGAGCUGCUGGAGAUGGACCCUGAGAACGUGCUGCUGCCGGCGGGGCUGCGGCAGCGGGACCAGACGCAGAAGAGCCCGACGGGGCCGCUGGAUCGUGAGGCGCUGCUGCAGCACCUGGAGAAACAAGCGCUGGAGGCCGGCGAGCGCGAGGACCUGGUGCCCUUCACCGGCGAGAAGAAAGGGAAGCCCUUCGUGCCCAAGAAUCCCAAGCGGGAGAUCCCCCGCGAGGAGCAGAUCACGCUGGAGCCAGAGCUGGAGGAGGCGCUGGCCAACGCCACCGAGGCCGAGAUGUGCGACAUCGCAGCCAUCCUGGGCAUGUACACGCUGAUGAGCAACAAGCAGUACUACGACGCGAUCUGCAGCGGGACCAUCUCCAACACGGAGGGCAUCAACAGCGUGGUGAAGCCCGACACGUACAAGCCGGUGCCGGACGAGCCCCCGAAUCCCACCAACGUGGAGGAGACGCUGCGGCAGAUCCAGGCCAACGACGGGGCGCUGGAGGACGUCAACCUCAACAACAUCAAGGACAUUCCCAUCGCCACGCUAAAGGCCAUCUGCGAGGCCAUGAAAACCAACACCCACGUCAAGAAGCUCAGCCUGGUGGCAACCCGCAGCAACGACCCCGUGGCCACCGCCGUGGCCGAGAUGCUGACGGAGAACAAGACGCUGCAGAGCCUCAACAUUGAGUCCAACUUCAUCACCAGCGCCGGCAUGAUGAGCAUCAUCAAGGCCGUGUACCAAAACAACACCCUGAGCGAGCUCAAGGUGGACAACCAGUGCCAGCGGCUGGGCGACACGGUGGAGAUGGAGAUGGCGACGAUGCUGGAGCAGUGCCCCUCCGUGGUGCGCUUCGGGUACCACUUCACACAGCAGGGCCCCCGUGCCCGCGCCGCCAUCGCCAUCACCCGCAACAACGAGCUCCGUGAGUGCCCCGGUGCUGCCCCGGGCAGGAAUGGGGCUGGGAGGGGGAAGAAUGGCUUUUGGGGGGGCGCGCACAGCCCUGGCCCUGGCCCUGACCUGCUUCUUCCCGUCCCCAGGUCGCAAGCAGAGGAAAACCUGAACGCUUCCCACCACAGCCCUGCAGACCCCGGAGCUCAGCUCGCCCCCGAGCCGCGCUUUGGGCUCCCCAGGGCUGGGUCAGCUGUAAAUAAAGGUUACAGAGACACGGGGUUGGAGGCUGCUCUUGGGACAGGGCCACAAGGACGAGGGCAGGAUUAGUGCAUCGGGGGGGAUCCGGAGGGAUUGGCUGAGCGAGGGUAACACUGCUGGAGGAUCCCUUUUUCAGGGCUCGAGACCCAGAGGCCCCCGUUAGCCUCACGCCAUUAAUCCAGGGCUCGUUACGGGGCAAGCUGGAUGCCUGGAUCCCCUCGUGGAGCAACGGGCAGCAGGGUCGGGGUAUUUAUACCCCAGGGUUGGGUUACGGGGCCAGGCCCUGUGCCAGGGGGGGAGCGGGGCACCCCUCAGCAGGGAGCUGGGUGCCCUUGUGGAAUGGAACUGGGCACCUGGGGCCCACAGGGGCCAGCACCGGGUGCCCACGGGGUGGAUGGGGGCUGCAGGUCUCCAGGAAGAGCCCCCAGACCUGCACCCGGCUUGGGCUGUCACUCGCCAGGGCCCUGGCACCCGUCCCGAUGGCUAUUUAUAGGUCUGAGCUGAGCAAGCGGGUAAAUCCCGGUGCCCAGGUGUAACGUCACCCCAGGCAGCGCUGCCAAGGAGCCCUCCCCAGGGACAGGAUCCGGCCCCGGGGCCCAAGCGAGCCGUCGGUGGGUGCUCCCAUUGGGAGCUCUCCCCAGGGCGCUGAGGGCAGCUUGGGGUGCCAGGAGCUGGCAGGGCGCAGGGGGGUGCCCUGAGGUGGGGGCUCCCGUGGGCCCCCCGGGCAGAAGGGAGGUGGGAAACAGAGGCGAGGGUGGAGCUGGCGGGGCCGGGUGUUUUGCCAAG